AUGGAAAAAAAAUCAAUUGGUGAGUACAAAUGUGUUCAAGCAGUUGCUCUAUAUGAUGCUGGAUUUACAAUUUCUGGUGUUGCUCGUCAACUUAACAUUUCAUGGAUUUGUUUUAAAAAUGCUAUUAUCCGUCAUCGUGAUCACGGUACAUUCAAAGAUCUUUCACGAACCGGUCGUCCUUUGAAACUCAGACCAAGAACUGCUCACCAUCUUAAACGUUUAGUACAUGGAAAAAAUCGAGCAAAUGCCAAUAUUAUUACACAAAAAUUAAAUGAUUUAUCGAUUAUACAUGUUUCUUCAAGAACUGUUCGACGUCAUCUUCACAAAAUGGAAUAUACUUACAGUGCACAAAUCAAAAAAUCAUAUUUAAAAAAGAUUCAUAAAAUGAAAAGGAUUGCUUAG